AAAAUGUUUUUAACAAACCAUAUUCUCAUAUUCCUUUCUUUAACUUCCAUCCUGGGAUUCAUCCCAACUUGUGCAAAUAGAUCCAAUAGAAGACAACGAAUCCAGUCCUUAUUAAAUAACCAACCAUCUUCACCAAACUUCAGAUUAAACUUUGAUCCCGUGACCCUAGCUCCGGAAUUCAACAGAUGGAUAACAUGGGAUCCUAAUACAAUAAAAACUACAACAACAACAACAACAACGCCACAGCCAACUAUAAGUCCCUACGAUGAAUGGUAUUAUCGAGAUGAUCAAAACUAUGUACAAGGUCCCUUCUCUUCCAGUACUAUGUUGGAGUGGUACAAAGCAGGAUACUUUAGGUCUUCCUUGAUGAUUCGACGAGAAAUAGACAAAACAUUUACAAGUCUUGGAUACUAUAUGAGAUUAUAUGGUAGAGUUCCAUUCACAUCUGGGGCUUAUCCUGCUGCAAUUCUUUUACCCUUUUCCACAACAUCAACAAUAACAAAAACAACAACUACAACUACAACUGCAACAACAACAACAACAACUACAACAACAUCGACCACAACUACAGCUGUAUCGCUUAGUCUUGUUUGGAAUGAUAUUGGAGAAAACGAUGAUAAUGAUGAAUAUGAUGAUGGUGGUGUUCACGGUGGUCGUGGAGAUGGUUUACAAUUAGAAGAUUAUCAUAACGACGAGGAUCAAAGUGAACAGGAACCUGAGAAAUGCAAUGGAGUAAAUACAGAAGAAUGUAAACCGUCUUUAAAGGACGGGACUCUUCGUCUUGUCGGGGGCAGGGACGAAACAGAGGGCAAUGUAGAGAUUUACCAUAUGGGAAUAUGGGGAUCAGUGUGUGAUGAUGAGUGGGAUAAAGAUGAAGCAAACAUAGUUUGUAAGAAGCUGGGGUUUCCUGGAGCCAUUGCACCAACACAUGGAUCUAAAUAUGGAUACAGUCUAUCUACGACAUGGAUGGAUAACAUUUACUGCUAUGGCACUGAGAGACAUAUAACGGAUUGUAGACAUGAUGGUUGGGGUAUUCAUGAUUGUGACAGAACUGAAUCUGCAGGAGUCAGGUGUAAACCUAACCCACCUCCUACAACAACAACAACAACAACUACACCUAGACCAAGGUACCCAAUGAGAAGUAUAGCGAAGGAUAUGUCCAUACGACUGCUGGGUGGACGUGUUAAGGAAGAGGGGAGAAUAGAACUACAGCUUGAUGGAGGGGAUUGGGGGGUGGUCUGUGGUGAUGGCUGGGGGGUCAGGGAGGCAAUGGUAGCCUGUAGGCAAUUAGGAAUGGUCUACGCUGCCGCUGCCUUUUCUACAGAUUUAUUUGGUGGACAGAAUACGACAAGAAUUAUAAGCGGGAUUGCUUGUAAAGGAAAUGAGGAUAGUUUGAUGGAAUGUGAACAUGAUCAGUUUGGAACAGUUUUCUGUCCAGGAGAAGGGGCAGAGAUAGCUGGUGUGGCAUGCACAGAAACACAGGCAGAUUUAGAACCCGAUCUAUACCAGCUGAUGUCCUCAACUCAUCUUGAAGAUAAACAAAUGUUUCUGCUUCAGUGCGCUAUGGAAGAGAACUGUUUAGCGAGGGAAGCCUACAUUGAACAAGCAACAAAUCCUCACUGGCAGAUGUUAACAAGACGUCUUUUAAGAUUCACAGCAGCUAUAGGGAAUAUAGGUUCAGCAGAUUUUCGGCCUUUUAUUCCUAAGACUGCCUGGAAUUGGCAUGCAUGUCAUCAGCAUUACCAUUCGAUGGAGACUUUCGCCCACUUUCAGAUUUUUGAUUUCCAGGGUAAUAGAGCUGCAGAGGGACAUAAGGCCUCAUUUUGUUUGGAGGAUAACGACUGCGUGGGGGUGGAUCCCCAUUUUGAUUGUGAAAAUUACGGAGAUCAGGGUAUAACCCCCGGAUGUAAGGAUAUCUAUUAUUACAAUAUAGACUGUCAAUGGAUAGAUGUUACAGACCUACCAUUAGGAACGUAUGUUUUCAAAAUGGCGAUCAACCCUGAUUAUAAAGUUCCGGAGACGACAUUUGAGAACAAUGCCGCAAUCUGUACACUUUACUACAGUCAAAUGAGCGCAGUAAUCAACAAUUGUACUUUCACUAGACCUUGAAUUGCUGUUUUAUGUACAGUCCUCUAUUCUUUUAUUGCAAUAUUAACCCUAUUUCUGUUGGGAGGGGGAGGGGGGAUGGGGAGGGGAGCGAUUUAACCAUUACCUUCAUGUCCCCCAUCUUAGAUUGAAUCCAGAGAUAAGAUUUUAAAAGCUUAAACCCGACUAAAGCCCAAACUCGGGCUUAGAUAGAACCCAAGUCAGGAUUGGU